AUGCACUUUUUGGACCCCGAGAAGUUUGCAGACCCCGAGAUGGUGGCGCAGGAGUUCCACGACCUCAACCACCAGGAGCAGGUGUCCGAGCUGCACUCUCGCCUGAAGCCCCACCUCCUGCGGCGCGUGAAGAAGGACGUGCUGAAGCAGCUGCCCCCAAAGAUGGAGCAGAUCGUGCGGGUGGAGCUCAGCGCCAAGCAGCGCGAGUGGUACAAGAUGAUUCUCACCAAGAACUUUGGCGCGCUGGCCACGCUGGGCGGCAAGGGCAACGCGGGCGCCAUGAAGCUGCGCAACCUGGCCUGGUCUGUGGCGUCCCUUGGGGGCGGGGAGACGCCGGGUUCUUUUAUUGAGUGGGGCAACCUCUCUUGA